CUAUCCAUUUCAUAAGCAUUUCCUGACUAAAUUGAUAUUUAUUUUACAAUUAGCUUUAUUGCGAGCUGAUUAAUUCUCGUAUCUCUAUGAUCUCAGUUGUAAGUAGAUAAAAGGUAAGCUUCAGUGUAACCACUAUUGUGACAAAAUGACAAGCAUUAGAUAACCUAAAAAUUAGAGUUGAUUAGAGUAGUUUAACCAAUACAUAUUAAUGAUUAGAUUAAUAUAACGAAGACUAGUUGUAAAUAAAUAAUGAUUAAUAAAAGAGUUUGCGAAAGUUUAUGGGCAAUAACGCAAAAAAGUGUGCGAUUUAAAGGACAAGUAGCAGAGAAUGUAGACCAGAAACUUGAUGCCACCAUAAAAAUUUUAGGAACUGCCUAUCAGUGCGACAAAUUUACUAAUGUUAACUCAAAGAUUGCCUCACAUAUUGGGAAGAAUUUACAUAUAUCUAAAGACCAUCCUCUAUCAUUAGUCCGACAAAAAGUUGUAGAUUAUUUUUACAAAGCAUUUGUUAACUCUCGUGGUAAUCCAGUGUUUGCAGUUUUUGAUAAUUUGUCACCCAUUGUCACUCAGGAACAAAACUUUGAUAGUCUACUUGUUCCUAAAGACCAUCCUUCAAGAUUAAAAAGUGACUGUUACUAUAUAAACCAUGAUUAUUUGUUAAGAGCUCAUACCACAGCCCAUGAUUCGGAGUUAAUAAAAUCUGGCUUAGACAAUUUUCUUGUUAUUGGUGAUGUUUAUCGAAGAGAUGAAAUAGAUAGAACUCAUUAUCCAGUUUUUCAUCAGGUUGAUGUUGUUAGACUUAAAACUAGAGAACAAUUAUUUCCUGCUGAUGAAUCUUUAGAAUUAUUUGAAAGUGGAAACAAUACAACUAAUACUGGGAUUCAAGAGAAACAGGCAUGCCACACCUUGGAAGCAGUAAAAUUAAUGGAGCAUGAACUCAAAAAUACUUUAGAAGGAUUGGCCAAGACUCUGUUUGGUAGUGAUAUUAGAUUUCGAUGGACUGACUCCACAUUUCCAUUCACUCAACCAUCAUGGGAGCUAGAGGUGCAUUAUAAUAAUCAGUGGCUAGAAUUACUUGGUUGCGGAAUUCUUCAACAGCCUAUUUUAUACAGAGCCGGUGUUCUUAAUAAAAUAGGUUGGGCUUUUGGUUUGGGUUUAGAAAGAGUUGCAAUGUGCAUAUAUCAAAUACCAGAUAUUCGCCUUUUCUGGUCUCAAGAUUCAGGCUUUUUAAGUCAGUUUAAAACAAGCGAUCCAAAUGCAAAGAUAAUUUAUAAGCCAGUGAGUCAAUAUCCUCAAUGUAUAAAUGAUAUAAGUUUUUGGUUGCCUGACAAUGCUCAAGAAUUUUCAUCCAACGAUUUUUACGACAUUGUUCGAAGUAUUGGAGGUGACAUCAUUGAGCAAGUUUCAUUGGUAGAUGAAUUUUUUCAUCCCAAAACGAAGAAAACCAGCCAUUGCUAUAGGAUUGUUUAUAGACAUAUGGAGAGAACAUUGACUCAAGCAGAAGUUAAUCAGGUACAUAAAAAAAUUGCUAUGCAAGCAACUAAAUCACUUGGAGUUACUGUUCGUUGAUGCAUCCCUCAUUUUUUUUUACUUUUAUUAUUACUAAGUACUCCAAAUUAUUCGCAAAAUUUUUUCCUAAUGUAGAUAAUUGUAAAUAAAUUUUUAAUGUUU